AUGUCCAACGAACUCCCCACCAGCGCCACCAAUGGAAAUGGCAGUAAUACCUCCUCAACUUUCACCGUCAAGACUGGUCUUGCGCGUAUGUUAAAGGGAGGUGUGAUUAUGGAUGUAGUGAAUGCCGAGCAAGCAAGAAUUGCAGAAGAAGCCGGUGCAGUAGCAGUUAUGGCCCUCGAACGUGUACCUGCCGAUAUCCGAGCUCAAGGAGGCGUAGCCCGCAUGUCGGACCCCAAAAUGAUUCGAGAGAUCAUGGCGACGGUGACGAUACCCGUGAUGGCCAAAGCCCGAAUCGGUCAUUUUGUCGAAUGUCAAAUUCUGCAAUCACUCGGCGUAGACUACAUUGACGAGUCCGAAGUGCUCACCCCCGCCGACGCCGUACACCACGUUGAAAAACACCCCUUCACCAUCCCCUUUGUAUGCGGGUGCCGCAAUCUCGGCGAAGCCCUCCGCCGCAUCUCAGAAGGCGCCGCCAUGAUCCGCACUAAAGGAGAAGCCGGCACUGGCGACGUCAUCGAAGCCGUGCGCCACCAACGCCAAGUAACAUCUGAGAUCCGAGCCGCCUCGCUCAUGUCUGACGAAGAGCUCCGUAUCCUCGCCAAAGAUAUCCAGGCGCCUUUUGAACUACUCAAGGAAACCGCCAAGCUGGGUCGUUUGCCCGUGGUGAAUUUUGCCGCAGGAGGCAUUGCGACGCCUGCGGAUGCGGCGUUAAUGAUGCAGUUGGGGUGUGAUGGGGUGUUUGUCGGUAGUGGAAUAUUCAAGAGUGGAGAUGCGGCGAAGAGGGCGAGGGCAAUUGUUCAAGCGACGACACAUUUUAAUGAUGCGAAGGUUUUGGCGGAGGUGAGUGAGGAUUUGGGAGAGGCGAUGGUUGGGUUGAAUUGUGGGACCAUGGAUCCUAAGGAUAAGAUGCAGGGGAGGGGUUGGUAG